UGGAAGGUGUUACCCGGUUGCAUCACUUGCGUAUAAAUAUUUUUGUAGUGAAUAGUUCGCAAUGAACAUCAUAAAGAGCCUACAUUCGUAGAGCACAAAUAAAAUGACAAUCAGGUACGAAAAUAUACAAAAUCUGCCGUUAAACACAUAAACGUUGGUGCUAUUCAAUCAUGAUUUGGCAAACUUGCAUUUGCUUUUUAUUAAUCGGAACUAGUUUACUGGUUCACAUUGUCCAACCAAUUCAAAUCCCUCAACACCUUCUCCAUUGCUAUCGCGGCAAUGCAACCCAACCGAGGAUCGCCAAUUCGUUUCAAAUUUUCCUGGAACUACUACGAAAAAUCGAGGACGCUAAUCCCACGUCAAUGGACAUACGUCGAUUCAGUGUGAAUAUAUUCCAUCAAUUACGAUUGGAUGGAAUCGAAAGGGCUCCGUCGAUUCUAGAACAAGAAUUUGUUACGCCAUUUCGAGCUAAUGGCAAAAUGACGCCGAAAUUCGAAUUGCUUCUGGAAUUGAUAUCGAAUGAGGCGGGACCAGUAGAGUUUCAACGCUUUCUGACGCCGGACGAAAUUUGUGUACUUCAUCGAAUUGUGAGUUCAUCAGUGGAACCAUACGAAAGAGGUGAUGAGAGUACGGUUUGUCCGUUGAAUUUAAUGUCCGACGACAGAGUGGAGAGUCCUUGGAUUAAUAUUAACAAACAUCAAAAUACGGAUGGUACUGCUACAGCUGUAUCUGAACGGAUUUCUAGAUGUCCACUUGAAUUAGGCGUCGCUAGGAGCCAAGAUUAUGGAAGCUUUUCCCCGGGAACAGUAAUAGCAUCCAUAGCAGCUGGAUUACAGCCUCAAAACGUUCGAAUCAAUGAAUUUGUAUCACUUCAACAUAAAAAGCCGCAAUGGGAAAAUUUAGAGACGAUGACGGAAAAUGAUUCUGAACAGUCGUUGAACAAACUUCUCAACUCGCUCAAUUCAAUAGACAACACCUAUGCAGCCGGUCUAUCAGGAGACCUUGCUGAAGUGUGUGUCUAUCAAGGACCCUACUUAGGAGUAAACUCAUCCGUAGGAUUGGCCGGAUCUUGGAACGAUACACAUUUUCCAAGAAUAAGAUAUUUAUCCGAAAGACAUCAAGCACGCUGGGAAUUUACGGAUAGUGAAAUUUUAGCUGGCAUCGAUGGCAUGUUUUUAUCGAAUCAAAUAUCGAAUUGGCUUCAAAGAAUUAGACGGCUGCGACUGUCCCAAUUAAUUGACAUGUACUACAGUGCUAGAGGUAUACCUGCGAUGGCUAUAGAAUCGGCUAAUCGGGGCAGGUCCAGCAAUCGCAGGCCGAUAAAUCUAAAAGAUAACGCAGAAAGUAGGGAAGCGUUAGAAAUCCAGCAAUUCAGUUCAAAGUCCAAUUCGAAAUUGAGCCGAAUAUUCAACGAUCCGGACCUGGAAUUGCGGGAACAAGAAGAAUAUUUAGAACGAUUUUCGGUCAACGACGGUAUUACCAGUGCAUGCAACCGCAAAACCAUUUUACGGUUGAUUGACCGUGAGAAGCUGAAAGAUGAAACUUAUUUCCUGUCGCAAGUUUUGCAAUAUGCUACUAGUAGCUUGGCUAUUACUGACGAGGCACUACGAAUAAACUGUGAUGCUGCUGUUGACAAUUUUUUCAAUUACGCUGAAGUAAUGCUAGACAAAAUACCAACGUGCAGUCAGAUUUUAACUGAUUUUCGAAAGCCCGUUGUCGAUUUAACAUUGAUAAUCGAUGGGUCGCGCGGUAUAUACGAAAAUCAACAGCUUAUAUCGUCGAUAGCUGAACUCAUUGAUGUAUCGUCGUAUGGGUCGUCGAUCAGCGUAAUUCAUGGACAAAGUGGUCUUUACAUGGUCAAUCGAACCAACAGCGUGACGACUGCAUUUGCUCAGCUUCAAAAUUUUACUGGCUCAUAUCCAAUCGGCAUCUCCUUGUCCCGGUCAUUGGGAGCUAUUGUCAGGAGGCUUUCUAAUCUAACUGAAACAGAUCGAAUCAAUGGAUUGUAUGGAGGCCUGUCACAAGUGGUUCUGGUAGUCGCGCAAAGCCAGAGAAUAUCGCAGAGCGAUUUUGCGAGUGCUAAACGAAUGAUUGAAGGAUCUUUCCAACAAUUUCCCGACUUAUAUUUUGUGUUCCUUACCAACGAUCCGGAUACGUUCAAAGAAAUGGUGCACGACGCACAAACCAUUUUCGAUAUAAAGCGACAGCAGGAACAUUACAAAAUAAUUGAGUCGAAUUCUAUCGAUCCGAGUGAUUUCAGCCACAAUUUAUUCAGACAUUUAAAAUUGAUACCGAAGCGUAUAAUGGCUCCGUUUUGUGACACAUUGACGCCGGAAGAGCGACGCAAGAUGAUCCUAAUGACUAACAAUCAAAAUUGGAAUUCGUUCGAAGACUAUGCAACGGUUAGUCAGGAGCUCCGAUAUCGGAUAAGUCCAUUUUAUUUAAGGAACGCUGAUCAAGUUACUGUUGAGUUUCAAGGUGUGAUGUAUGGGUCACUAAUCAUCUGCCUAUCACGAGAUGUCAACUACUCUCCACUGGAAUGUAAAACAGUCGAAGAUCGUAACGUGGCUGAAUUUACGAUAAUAAGACCAUGUGACGACAUAUUCCAAUGUUAUGGAUUGUACUUUUCGGUUAUAGUGGAGAAGAGCAACGUGCGAUGUACAGAAAAUGAUUGCCGAUAUCCUGACCAAGUGAGAUUCUUGAUUCGGCCGGGAGGCUUAACAUGUGAAGUAAAUCGACGAAGUAAUUUCUCUUGUAAAAUUAGUUUUAGCCAUAGAAUGUUAGUUUUUGUAUUUAUCGUUGUUUUUGUUGAUAAGAUUCGCAAUUAUUUUUGAAAUAAAUGAUGUUGUGCGAUGA